GCAGCAGCAGCAGCAGCAGCGCCAGGAGGUGGCCCGGGCAGGAGCCGGGCUCCGGGGAGCCAGCAGCCAGCCGGCCAUGGCCACGGCCAUCCAAAACCCCCUCAAAUCCCUGGGCGAGGAUUUCUACCGCGAGGCCAUCGAGCACUGCCGCAGCUACAAUGCCCGCCUGUGCGCCGAGCGCAGCAUGAGGCUCCCUUUCCUCGACUCGCAGACCGGCGUGGCCCAGAACAACUGCUACAUCUGGAUGGAGAAGACCCACCGCGGCCCCGGUCUGGCCCCUGGGCAGAUCUAUACCUACCCCGCCCGCUGCUGGCGGAAGAAGAGGAGACUGAACAUCUUGGAGGACCCCCGGCUGCGGCCUUGCGAGUAUAAGAUCGAUUGCGAGGCUUCCCUGAAGAAGGAAGGGGGUCUGCCCGAGGGGCCCGUGCUGGAGGCGCUGCUCUGCGCCGAGACGGGCGAGAAGAAGAUGGAGCUCAAGGAGGAGGAGACGGUCCUGGACUGCCAGAAGCCGCAGCUGGCCGACUUCCCCCACGACCUGGAAGUCGAGGACCUGGAGGACGAUAUCCCGAGGCGCAAGAACAAGGCGAAAGGGAAGGCGUACGGGAUCGGGGGAUUGCGGAAGAGACAGGACCCGGCCUCUCUGGAGGACCGAGACAAGCCCUACGUCUGUGACAUCUGCGGGAAGCGCUAUAAGAAUCGCCCGGGCCUGAGCUACCACUACACGCAUACCCACCUGGCGGAGGAGGAGGGCGAGGAGAACGCCGAGCGCCACACGUUGGCCUUCCACCGGAAAAACAACCACAAGCAGUUUUACAAAGAAUUGAAUUGGGUGCCCGAGGCCCAGCGCAGACACACAGCCAAGAAGGCCCCAGAUGGGACGGUCAUCCCCAAUGGCUACUGCGACUUCUGUCUGGGCGGCUCCAAGAAGACGGGCUGUCCCGAGGACCUCAUCUCCUGUGCCGACUGCGGACGCUCCGGCCACCCCUCCUGUUUACAGUUCACCGUGAACAUGACGGCCGCCGUCCGGACUUACCGCUGGCAGUGCAUCGAGUGCAAAUCCUGCAGCCUCUGCGGCACCUCCGAGAACGAUCCGGGCGGUCUCUGCCCCCAGGACCAGCUGCUGUUCUGCGACGACUGUGACCGGGGUUACCAUAUGUACUGCCUGAGCCCCCCCAUGGCGGAGCCCCCCGAAGGAAGCUGGAGUUGCCACCUCUGUUUGCGGCAGCUGAAGGAGAAGGCGUCAGCCUACAUCACUCUCACCUAGAGCUGGCCCCGGGGGUGCGGUGCCCCCCGUCUGCCUGGCACCGCCCAGCCUCCCCCCCCCCCCCCCUUUCAUCGGAGCCAAGAAUACCCAGGGGGAGGCCGGGUGGGCACCGGUGCCUAAGGGAUCAGCCCCCACCCUCCCGACUCCAGCCCCCCCCGCCCCCCGCCCCGUCCCCUCCGACCCCGAGGGAGCACAGAUGGACCCCUAGGACCCACGGCCUCCCCCCCGGGGGCUCGGGGCACCCGAGUGCCCCGUGCCGGGCCUGGGGACUCCCCUCUCCCGACCAGCCUCCCAAGAGGGGGGGAGCCCCCCAGCUACCCGGCAUCGGAGGGGGCGGCUUCCCUGACACCGUCCCCCCCCGGCCCCCCUCCCCCCCGCUACCCAUCCCCUUCGGGGGCUCGCCCUCCUCAAAGCCAUACCCGCCUCGGAGCGGGCACAGGGAGGGGGCCGGGGCAAGGGCCGGGGCCAUUUUCUAGACAAAAAGACCAAAAAAAGAAAAAAAAAAGAAAAACAGAAAAAAGAAAGAAAAGUAAUAUAUUCAGAGAAAGAUCUAUAGGGCCCGGA